UCAGAUGCCAAAAGUUAUCCCAUCUUCAAUGAGCGAUUAUCGUUCCGUCCCAUACAAUCAAACUCCAAAAUCAGGAUCUGAACGGAAAAGAAGAAAUAUUACAAACGAGUUGAUUAACGAAUGCAAGACGAUUGUUCAAAAAUCAGAAGAAGAACAUAUAUCACAAGAAGUAGUUCUCUUCCGAAUUGUGAAACUUGUGACUGGAGUUAAUCUGGAAUCUAAUUUCUCAUCGAAUGACCUCUCCGAAUCUACAAGACGGAAGUUUGAUACUGAAUCCGAAAGAAGAAAAGUGAAGACUGAACGUGAAAAGAUUCGAAGAAAGAAACAAGAUGACUGUUAUGCUGAAUUGAAAUUCUUCAUUUUGAACAAACAAAUGGGAAGUUACGAGCAACGAUUAAAACUUGAACGGAUCACAAUUCUAGAAAUCAUCAUUGAUUACAUUAAACACAAUUCCGAUCUUCUGUAUCCAGAAACAAUUCCCCAAAUACUUCCUCUUUUAGCUGGAAAAUCAACUGCUACUUGUGAGAACAAAGAGAAUGAAAAGCCAAAAACACGAAUGGAAGUGAAGGAUCUCUUCCCAAGAUUGACGUUUCAAGAAGUUCAAGAAUCCCCAACAUCUACUUCUCCAUUGCUCACAUUUCCAUGUAUUCCAAUGAUCCCAACUACUCAGUUCAAUGUCUUGUCAAACUACAACACCGUUCCAUCAAUAUUUUCUGCUCCCCUCCGAUUCAUUCUUCCAUCACUUCAAAUCUUAACACCAGAAACUAGUGACGAGGAAGAAAAUGAAGAAACCGUCGAUAUUAGUAACUAGUCUAUCAAGUUCUUCCAGAUCUUACAAUUAGUUUCUGAGCAAUUUUUCGAAAAUCUUCAUUGUCUAUAUUGCGUUUUUGAUUCAUUUUUUUAUCUUUCUAUGGCCAAUAUUCCCGAACUUUUUCAUCCCAUCGCGUCGCAAUCUAUUUUUGAAGAUUUUUUACUACUCACGUGAUAGUCUUGUCUAAAUUAUUCUGUUUGAAAAUGAAUGUUUAUUCGGUAAAAU